UCACUGUGUCCAAGCCUCCUCUCAGGGCUUGGGUCUCAACACGGCGGUGAAGCAUAAAGAAUUCUUUGUUGCUAACAAGCAAGCCUCCCCCAACGCUCCCCCCAAGAUGGCCACGUCACCUCGUGUCCAACCCGUGGACCCAAAGAAUGUCCCGAUCCCCGAGACGCCCAAGGCGGCGCCAACCUACCGUCGUGGCAGCACGGACGUCUCGAUGGGUGCUUUUGAUGACCCGGACGCGACAGUCACGUUGACGCUCGGGCAGAUGGACGACCUUUUCAACAAGUUCGUCAGCAACAACCAGUGGCUCGGUGCGGCAGCCCGGACGCGCAGCCUCGCGCAACAACUGCCGCCGGUCGAGUUCCAUCAUUUCACUCACCUUGCGCCCGAAUCCAUCGAGCAGAACCGCCCGGCACCGGACGGCCCUGGGCAGUACGCCAAGACCAUGCCUGAGGGUUUCACGCAAAUCGUCACAGCUGACGACAUCAAGGCGCCUUUCCUCAACUCGAGCGACACCGCGAAAAUGAAGGCUUUCUGGCUCGAGUGGCGCCGCUACGAAGACGCGAUCCAAGAGCGGUUCAACCAGUUCGGCGGCCAAGUCGCCAUCCAGCGGCGCGUGUUGCGCUAUUGCGUGGACAACAACACGCUUCGAACAAUGCUGCGCUACCGCUGGGGCCAAGGCAGCCGGGACCUCGACUCUGUCCCGGACGACGAACUCUACGCGUUCUUUAAAACCGACUGCGAGCGCGUGAAGACCAAUGUUGCGGACUUCUUUGCGCGUCCUGAAUCCGCCCGCAAUCACAUCAUCCACGCGGUGCGGCCCGAGUACCUCCAGUCGUAUUUGCGUCAAGAGAUCAACUUCUCCAAGAAGCGCUACAAGCGGUGGGACGACUUUGUGGGUCUUCUCAUCGACACGUUUGGAGCCUACACCCGCUUCGACAACUUUAAGAAGCCCUCCGCCGGCACGCCUCCCGCCGGCGACACCGCGCCCGCUGUUGCAACGAAGGACAAAAACAAGGUGCACAAGAACCAAGGCUCAAAGGCCGACGUUAGUGGUGCCAAGGUGCCCGGUGGUGAUGCGACAACCAAGAAAGCGUCCACCGGCGACUCCAAGCCUAAGCAUCCAUGCCUCAAGUGCAAGGCUGUGGACCACAAUGUCUGGAAGUGCCCGCUCAUCUCGGACAAUGACGCCGGCGUAGCGGAGAAGAAGGCCCUCCUCAAGACCUUCUACGACCAGCAACGUGCAACCACGACGACGCCCCCGAUCCCCCGCAACAACAUGAUCCAGUCUGCGGAAGGCCAAGUCUGCUCUCGCUGA